GAUGAAUUCGGCCGAAAAUGGGGCCCCGAUACCAAAUUUGUUGACCCGAAGAAAUCCUUAAUUGCGCCGGCCGGAUUCCAAGAUCCGUCGAUGACUUCGCAGGUUCCGUACAUGGAGGCCAGAGUUUUUACCGCCGCGACCGCUUACAAAUUUCCGAUCAAACGAGGUAGUCGCUACUGGCUUCGCCUCCAUUUUUACCCUUCGACGUACGGAACCCAUGAUUCUGUAAACUCCUAUUUCACCGUCGUUGCGAACGAUCUCACCCUGUUGAAGAACUUCAGCGCCUACCUCACGUGUGAGGCCUACACACAAGCCUACAUUGUUAGGGAAUUUUCACUAGCAGCGUUGGAAUCCGAAGUCCUAACCGUGACCUUCACGCCGGAUUCUGGAUUUGCCUUCGUUAAUGGAAUUGAGUUGGCUCUAAUGCCGGAGAUCUUCGGGGAAGCCGCAAUGGUUGGGGCACCGGCGCAAACGAUUGAUGGGAGGAGUUCGAAUAUGCAGACUAUUGCGAGACUGAACGUUGGGGGGAGUUACAUUUCCCCAGUGAAUGACUCCGGUCUGGGCCGGUCAUGGUAUGGCGAUAAUCCUUAUGUAUAUGGUGCUUCCCUAGGUGUUGUGAUAAACGCUGAUAAACGGUUGGCGAUCAAAUAUGGAGAUAUGCCAGAGUUUAUAGCUCCAAUGCAAGUUUACCAGUCACUAAGAGCAAUGGGGCCUAACAAGGAAAUGAGUUUGAACUUCAAUCUGACAUGGGUAUUCCCUAACAUCGAUCCAGGCUUCAUGUAUCUACUGAGGUUGCAUUUCUGUGAUUUGUAUAUGAAUAAGCAAAAUCAGGUGGUGUUUACGAUCUACAUCAACAAUCAAACAGUGGAUCCAAAUGGGUUAGAUGUGAUUGGUUGGGCGGGUGGUAAGGGCAUUCCAUUAUACCGGGAUUAUUUUAUAUACUCAAAAGAUAGCUUGACAAUGCAGGAGAUUUGGCUGGCAUUGCAUCCUAGGAUGGCGUCGCACCCUGAAUAUGCGGAUGCCAUGUUAAAUGGAGUUGAGAUAUUCAAGAUGGAUGCGUCGAAGAAUUUGGCAGGGAGGAAUCCUCAGGCCUCGGAAUUUAGGAAGAAGGUUGAGGCUCAAUCAGAAAGAACUUUUGAAGCAAAGGGCAGUAAUGCUCAAGUGAUAGGAGGGGCAGCAGGGGGGGCUGCAGCCUUUGUUGUGGUGGCACUUUGCUUUGUAGUGUACCAAAAGAAGAACAGAAUGCCAGGGACAGAUUCACACACAAAUAGCUGGUUACCCAUCUACGGGAAUUCACAUUCGAGUGGGAGCAAAUCGACGACAUCCGGGAAGAGUACGGCGAGUAAUUUGGCACAAGGUUUAGCACGGGUUUUUACGCUUCCAGAGAUUUUACAUGCUACCAAGAACUUUAGUGAGUCAAAUGUGAUUGGGGUUGGAGGAUUUGGGAAGGUGUAUAAGGGAGUGAUUGAUGGAGGGACAAAAGUCGCAAUUAAAAGGUCGAACCCGUCGUCAGAACAAGGAGUUCAUGAGUUCCUGACUGAAAUCGAUUUGCUUUCGAAGCUGAGGCACAAACAUUUGGUGUCUUUGAUUGGUUUUUGUGAUGAUGAGAAUGAGAUGUGUUUGGUUUAUGAUUAUAUGGGUCUGGGAACUCUGAGGGAGCAUCUUUAUAAGACCAACAACAAAACUCGUCUCUCAUGGAAGCAAAGGCUGGAGAUUUGUAUUGGAGCAGCUAGAGGACUUCACUACCUUCACACAGGAGCACAGUACACCAUCAUUCAUAGAGAUGUUAAAACUACCAACAUUCUCUUGGAUGAAAACUGGGUUGCAAAAGUUUCUGAUUUCGGGCUCUCGAAAACUGGUCCAAACAUGUCUACCGGCCAUGUUAGCACAGUAGUUAAGGGUAGCUUUGGCUACUUAGACCCAGAGUACUUCCGGAGGCAACAACUGACCGAGAAAUCUGAUGUAUACUCUUUUGGAGUUGUCCUGUUUGAAGUGUUGUGUGCAAGACCUGCUCUAAAUCCAAGCCUGCCCAAGGAACAAGUUAGUCUUGCGGAUUGGGCAUUGCAUUGCAAAAAGAAAGGAUUUCUCGAGGAUCUCAUCGACCCCCACCUCAAGGGGAAAAUCACCCCUGAAAGCUUGAAGAAGUUUGCAGAUGCAGCUGAGAAAUGCCUCGAUGACCAUGGGGCCGAGCGACCAUCUAUGGGCGAUGUGUUAUGGAACCUGGAAUUUGCUCUCCAACUGCAAGAAAGUGCCGAUGGUGGUGGUUCGAGUCACAGCUCGAGGAUGCAUGAGGACGAUAUCCAAAGAAACCAAGACAUGUCUGCACAUUACAAUAACCUCAGUCUUGGAAGUGAGCAAGAGUUGAUUCAAUCUAGUGAACAAAACAGUACUGCAAUCUUCUCUCAACUUGUCCAUCCGAAAGGCCGAUAAUGCACGAAAAACCUCUUCGACGUUGUUCGUUCCCGCGCCCACCAAACAAGGGCCUAGCCUAACAUUGGGAGUUCAAGCAUGUUGAACCAGCUGCUGCUAUUUUGGCAAACUUCAGAGAGCGUUGUUGUAUUUUAUAUUGAUAUUAGUUAUUGGGUCUUUCUCUGUUUGUUUUUAUUGGACAGUAUAUAUGCAUUACAAUUUGUACUUUACACACAACAACUUGAUCAGAGUCAAGUUCAACCUGCUGCCUAUUCCUUAUGAUAAAGUUAUAUUUACAGUAA